CGCGGCACAGUGGGCAGGACCCUGCGCCUGCGCGAAGAAGUAGCGCGCGGUAGGACCGGCGGCCUGAGGAUAUGUCUAGCCGCACUAAACGGGAGACGCGGAGCUCCGCCCGGGGCAAGCGGGAUGCGGAGUCCCGGAGCAGCUCGAGCCGGUCGAAGCGGGAGCGGGAUCCGGAGGCCUCGGGGUCUCGGGGAAGCCCGGUGCGCGUAAAGCGGGAACGGAACUCUGAGCCGUCGGCCGCGCGAGACUACUCAGGCGGGAGCGUGCCUGCGCUCGUGCCCGCGCCGCCGCUGUCGGGGGCGCGCGUGAAGCGGGAGCGCGAAAUCGACGAGGAUUCUGAACCCGAGCGGGAGGUGCGAGUGCGAUAUGGACGCCUUGACUCUGAGGACCGAAGGAGCCGGCAUUGCCCCUAUCUGGACACCAUUAACAGGAGUGUCCUGGACUUUGACUUUGAGAAGCUCUGCUCUAUUUCCCUUUCACACAUCAAUGCAUAUGCUUGCCUGGUGUGUGGCAAAUACUUUCAGGGACGAGGGUUGAAGUCUCAUGCCUACAUUCACAGCGUCCAGUUCAGCCACCAUGUUUUCCUUAACCUGCAUACCCUCAAGUUUUACUGCCUUCCAGACAACUAUGAAAUUAUUGACUCCUCCCUAGAGGAUAUCACUUACGUCUUGAAGCCCACAUUUACCAAGCAACAGAUUGCAAAUUUGGACAAGCAGGCCAAGCUAUCUCGGGCUUAUGAUGGUACUACAUACCUGCCCGGUAUCGUAGGACUGAAUAAUAUCAAGGCCAAUGACUAUGCAAAUGCCGUGCUUCAGGCCUUGUCUAAUGUCCCACCUCUCCGGAACUACUUCCUCGAGGAAGAAAACUACAAGAAUAUCAAGCGUCCUCCUGGGGACAUCAUGUUCCUGUUAGUACAGCGCUUUGGAGAGUUGAUGAGGAAGCUGUGGAACCCUCGGAACUUCAAGGCCCAUGUCUCUCCCCAUGAGAUGCUGCAGGCUGUUGUUCUCUGCAGUAAGAAGACUUUUCAGAUCACCAAGCAAGGUGAUGGAGUAGACUUUCUUUCCUGGUUCCUGAAUGCCUUGCACUCAGCUCUGGGAGGGACAAAGAAGAAAAAGAAGACUAUUGUGACGGAUGUUUUCCAGGGGUCCAUGAGGAUCUUCACUAAGAAACUGCCACACCCAGAUCUGCCAGCAGAAGAAAAGGAGCAGUUACUACAUAAUGAUGAGUACCAGGAGACAAUGGUUGAAUCCACCUUUAUGUACCUGACCUUGGAUCUUCCCACAGCUCCACUUUACAAGGAUGAGAAGGAGCAGCUGAUCAUCCCCCAGGUGCCACUCUUCAACAUCUUGGCCAAGUUCAAUGGCAUCACUGAGAAGGAAUACAAGACGUACAAGGAGAACUUUCUGAAGCGCUUCCAGCUCACCAAGCUGCCCCCGUAUCUUAUCUUUUGUAUUAAAAGGUUCACGAAGAACAACUUCUUUGUGGAGAAAAAUCCAACCAUUGUCAACUUCCCCAUCACAAAUGUGGACCUGAGGGAAUACCUCUCUGAGGAAGUGCAGGCCGUACACAAGGACACCACCUACGACCUCAUCGCCAACAUCGUGCAUGAUGGGAAGCCCACCGAGGGCUCUUACCGGAUCCACGUGCUUCACCAUGGGACAGGCAAGUGGUAUGAGCUCCAGGAUCUUCAAGUCACUGACAUCCUCCCACAGAUGAUCACGCUGUCAGAGGCCUACAUACAGAUCUGGAAGAGACGGGACAGUGAUGAAACCAACCAGCAGGGGGCGUGACGGGACUCCUGCCUCCUUCCUCUCCAGCUCCGGAAGCUGGGGAUCUUCUGAGGACAGGAUGGGAGACGAGGCUGCUGGUUCCCUGGCCUGGUCUCUCUGCUGUCCCUCUUUCAGACUCGGUGUAACUCCGUCGUCCUCCUCUGUUAUUCUGUCUUCCAUUCCUGCUCCUGCCUGCCUCUGAGUGGGCUGGGCUCUCUCACCAAUGUAAUUUAUUUCUUAGAGGCCAGUGACCUGAGAGAGUCCCCGAGAGAAGCGCUAGUUGUUCCUUCCAGGGCGCAGGGAGCCUUCUUGAGCUUGCUCCCUAAAGGCCCUUCCCUUUGAGAGUGUGUGUUCUGGAGCAUAUUAAAAAUCCACGUGCUAUUCCUGAGCAAGACUCGGCAAGGACACUGGCAUUUUCUCUUCCUCACGUGAAGGCUGCCCUGUGGGAAACACCGUGCUGCUUCUUCCCCAUAGAGCUCCAAUAAGAAGCCCUCCCUUGUUUGUAUCCAGUGCCUUGGGGAGGCGGUGUGGUGGAGUGGGUAGAGGAUAGGCCUUGGAGUCCUUUGGACCCGUGGUGUAACCCUGAGUGAGUCACCUUCCCUCAGGGCGCCUGCCACCUCUCUGAAGUUGAGUUCUAGAUGAGGUGCCCAGCUUUGCUGGGGGAAGGAAUUCCCACACUGGAAAACGAAAUCCGUUUCAGAUUCAAAAGAAACGGUACCGUAAGUUUACAAAGCAUUUUGAUCACAACAGCCUUGGGUAAAGUAGGUAGUGAAUUGUUUUCCCCAUUUUAUAGAUGAGAAAACUGAGACUCGGAGAGCCUGAGAUACUCUACCCAUGGUUAUCCAGCCAGCAGGUAUCAAAGGUGGGAUUUGGAACCCAGAUGAUCUGGCCAUUUCCACUCCCCUUGUGUUCCUCCGAGGUCACAGGAGAGCCCUGGCCCUGGAAGCAAACCUGGGGGGACUUCAAGAGGGAACCCAAGUGAGCACAAAGUCCCUCCAGUGAAGGCGUGGUGGUCUUCACACCUUUUCCAAUUGAGUCAUCUUUAGAAGUACACAAAGGAGCUUACUGUCUGAAGGAGUCUUUUAAAGAGAAUUCUCUCAAAACUGUUUUUUGUUUGGUUUUUGCAAAUUGAGAUUUUCUUAUAUUAGGCGUGUCUAAAGUGGCAAUGGACCUUUAAACUGAAGUGAAACACCUUGGCUCUGACCUCACAUAGAUGGCUCUGUGUCUCUGGACUCAUUGAGAAUCACACAGUCCUGGACCUUGAAGAGGCAUCUAGAUGGUCCAUGAAAGUCCUCUAUAGCCAGUGGCCAUCUGACCUCCCGUUUGGACUCAUGGUGAAGAGGAACUCACCAUGGCAUGAGGGAGCCCAUGCCAGCUUUGGAGAGCUCUUAUUCCUGGGAAGUUCUUAUUUUAAGUUCAUCGAGCAUUUACAUGCUGAGUUCUAGGACUACAGAAGAAGGCCCCCAAACCUCCCAAUCCCUGGCCUCGGGGAGGGUACAUUUUAGUAGGGGAGACAACCUAGGAGUUCCUGGGUCCGUACAAGGUGUAUGCCGAGCAAAGGAAGGAAGUGUUCUCAGUUAGGGGACCAGGAAAAGCCUCCAGAAAAGACCUGAAGGAAGCCAGAGAGAAUUAAGGGGCUGAGCAAAAUCUACCUCUGAUUGUCAACUGGUUCUAGUUGUGUUCUUGGAAACCACACAGAAUAAAUCUAAUUCUUUUCUGUUCUCACAACAGCCUUUGAAAUAGUUGACAAUAGUCAUGCCAAACACCGCUCCCUCCCAGCCUGCCCCCUGCUCACUUCGCUUUCAGCUCUCACUUUCCUGGUCAGCCCCUGGGUGUGAGAGCUUGUCUGGGUGCCCCCCAAAGUGAGGGAGUUUGCAAAGCACUCUGGACAGCGGAUGACUAAAGAUUUCUUGAAGCUGUGAUCGCAUCCAGAUGACCGUUCCCAUUCAUGCCUGCUCCGUUUCCUGGGACUCAUCCAUAGCUUCCCUUUUCUGAGCAGCCCAGAAACCACCCCUGGCGCUUGUCAUCCCCUUUUCAUUCCUGAACUCCCGAGACCUCACAGUCUUGAUUGUGGGGAACCUCAGGCGCCCGCUCCAUCUAGAUGCCAGCUCCAGCCACGCCAGUGAGUUACCUCUUGCCUGCCCCUGCUUUAUCGUUCUGGAACCACAAACGAGUCCUUGCGUCUAGAAGAGGUACAUCGGCCUUCUCCCUCGGAUUCCAGUCGUUCGCCAUCUGGGUAACUUGCCGAGCCUCCCGGCCGCCCCUCGCUCCCUCCGUGUGUGUGUGUCGUCUGUUAGAAUGUCGGCUCCUCGAGGGCAGGGACUGUCUCCCUUUUUAGUGUGUGUAGCUCCAGAACAUAAAUGAAUGCUUUUUCCUUCAUCUGCUCCAUUUCCCUCGACAUAAGCUUACGUUCAGAUAUCCUUUAUCGAUGCCACGUGACAGGACCAUCGUUUAGGGUGACGUCCCUUGCUCUGGUUCCUCAGAAGCUUUUGUUCUGUGUCACAAACUGUGCCCACCACGGGUCCCUCCAUCUCUGCCUAUAGUAGUAAUGUGAGGAAGGGCUGACCGAAAAAGUUUUGAUUCAGCUCUUAUUUGGUGUUCUGUUUAAUUCUGCGUGUAGCUCGUUCAUGAGCGGUGUUGGGCAAAAGUACCCUGCAGGAGAGGUCUGGAGGUUUUCCAUUUGGGUCAUGUUUUGAGCAACUGACAUUUUUUAUCCACUCGAUUUUCCCAGGAAGGGUAUUUAGGCCAAACUCUUGAGUGUGUGUGGGUCCAUCUGGAAAACCUUACCAUACUUUAAGUAUCUCUCUUCAACAUAUACUCUGGCCUGGUUCUCCGUCAUAGUGGCAAACCAGUACAAAACCAUUUGGAUGAUUCCUGCUUUGAAGUAUCGUUUGAGAUCUGGUCAUUCUAGUCACCUUUCCUGCUUUCAUUAUUUUCCUCAAAAUUCUUGAUUUUGGGUUUUUGUCAGGUGCAUUUUUUAAAUGUUUUAUAUCCCUUUAGAACGUUGGCAUCCAAUAUAUCAACUAUAUUUCCAAAACCCGACCAUGAACAAUCGAUAUCUCCAGUUGUUUAGUCCCAUUUUUGUUUCUGUACUUUGGUUUUUGUUUCUGGCCUGCUACCUGGACUCAUGAUUUUAUACAUUCUGUAGUUAUUUUGAAUGAAAUGUCUUUCCCUGCUGA